CCUCCGCCUUCUCAGAAGGCAUGUCGCUGGUGGUGGAGGCGGCUCCCCCGGCGGGGGCGGUGCGCUUCAUGUGCACGGUGGUGGAGACGCCGGACGGCCCCGUGUCGCUGCUGCCCUCCGAGGUGGAGUGGUACGACACGGAGCAGCUGCUGGCGGCUCACCGGGCGGACGUGGCGGGCUGGCUGGCGCUGAGGGACGGAGCGGAGGAGACGGAGAUCGCCUCCAUGCGCGCCGCAAUGCUGGCGGACGAGCCGGAGCCCUGGCGCGCCGUGUUCGACCCACGGGUCACCACCCCUCGCUCCGCCACCCCUCGUCUCCACACGCCCCCCCGCUUCAGCCGCAAGCUGACUCAUGCAGUACGACACGCGGCUGCACGGCUGUUUGGCGAUCUGGGUUUGCGUGACGUGGCGAGUGUGGAGGGGUGGGUGGAGCUGCCGGCGGGGUAUGUGGAGGGACUGAUGAAGCCGGAGGAUCCGCCGGAGGGGAGGUUGCUGUACGACGAAGAUCCCGAGAUUGUGAAUCGGGUGUACGAGGAGGAGGCUGCGCGCAUGGCUGCGGACCCGGCCCCCCUGGAGGACUAUUAUGACUACGGGUCUAGCUGGCACGCCGACCUCUCCCAGUUCGACCCUCCCCACCGCCUGCUAGCCGCCCGCAACGGCGAGGGAGCCACCGUGCGCUUCUCCGCCGUCAGCCCCGACCUGCCCCUGGAGCCCACCCACCCCGCCGUGCUGGCGGCGGCGGAGGUGGGCAUGCCGCAUGCAACGCUGCUCCGGAACCUGGCAAACAACGCGCUGAGGAGGGCGGCGGAGGCGGGCAACCCGAGGGCGCUGACGCCGGGGGUGCUGUACGUGUCGCCGGAGGAGGCGGUGGCGGCGGCGGCGGGCGCGGCGGAGGUGGCGGCGGCGUUGCAGGCGUCGGAGAUAAGCCCACAGGAGCUGCAGGCGAUGGCGGCGGAGGUGGAGGAGGAGGGAGAGGGAGAGGUGGAGGUGGAGGGAGAGGAGGAGGAGUUGGCAGUUGAAGAAGAGGCGGAAGAGGAAGAGGAGGAGGAGGAGCAGGAGGAGGCAGAGGCGUUGGAAGACGAUGAAGGAGAGCAGGAGGAGGAGGAUGAGGAGGACGAGGCUGAGGCGGCUGAGGCGGCGGGCAGGCAGGCUGCCAUGCUUGCUGCCGCCGCCCCGGUGCCGGUGCCCCCCCAGCCGCUGCAGCUGGCCAUGCCUCCUCAGCUGCCGCUCUACCACACGGCGGUCAUGCAGCACUGGAGGGAGGGUGACGAGUUCGACGCCUGGAUCGAGACGCACGACCCCGACUACUGGGGGGACGCGGAGGGGCCCAUCCGUGUGGGGGCGGCGCUGGAGGCCAUCCAGGAGCAGCUGCAGGAGGAGACGGGGCUGGAGCUGGGGAUUCACCCCGAGCUGCAGCACGCCCCGCUGGCCCCCGAGCUGCUGCUCAAUGUGGCGCAGGGCUACCGGCAGCAGCUGCUGCAGGAGGCGGUGGAGGCGCUGGGGGAUUUCGGGUCGGAGCUGUCUGCCCGCAUGGCCGCCCUGCCGCUGCAAGACGCGUUGGAGGCGGAUGCGGAGAUCUCCCUCACCCGCACCGCGCCCCUGCCGCACCCCGCCGCGCAGCUGCCAGAGGGAGUGCAGGGCAGCCUGGCCGACCCGCGGGUCGCUGCGCACUGGCAGAUGGCGGGCAUCUGCGAGCUGGCUGUGCGGCACGGGUGGGAGGUGCUGGAGGUGGUGGAUGCGGCGGAGGAGGCGGCGGCGGAGGCGGCGAGGAGGGAGGAGCAGGGGCUGCCCGCCCCCACCCCCGAGGAGGAGGCCGCUGCCGCCCUGGCGACCAGCUCGGAGCGGCUGCUGCUGGAGGCGAUGUGCGAGGGGGACGACGAGAUCAUGGAGCUGCGAACUGGGCUGACAACACCCGUGCAGGUGUACCUGAGGUUCAGGGCCCGCCAAGCCCGCCGCCCGCCCACCUCCCACCCGCUCACCGAGCUUGGUGAGAUGCUGCUGCAGGAGCAGCGGGAGGCGGUGGAGGGGCAGCAGCAGGGGACGCUGGAGGUGGUGGAAGGUCAGGUGGUAGGGCAGAAGGCGGCGGAGGGCCAGAUCACUGCUGCUGCUGCUGCCGCUGCGGGCUCCAAGCCCUCUCAACAGAUCGCCCUGGCUCUCCAACAACAGCAACGACAGCCGGCCGAGGAGGAGGAGGAGGCAGAAGAGGCGGAGGAGGAUGAAGACGAGGACGAGGGUGCUGCUGACGAUGACGGCGAGGGCAAGGAGGUCGACCCGCUAGCUGAGUACGCGCCGGGUCCCUUCGGCCCCGUCACCACCGGGCCCCUGGGCAGCGGCUCCCACCCCUCCGAGUACGAGUGGCACCGCCCGCCGGACGAUGUGGUGCAGCUGCCGCUGCAGAUCGCGGCGGCGGCGGAGGUGCUGGAGUGGGCGGAGGCGGGCGCGGCGCGACGGAGGGAGGAGGAGGCGGCCGCCGCAGCGGCACAGCAGGCGGACUUGGUAGAGGAGGGCAAGAAGGAGGAGAAGGAGAAGGAGGCGGACCCGAUGUCGGCUAGUAUCGCGGCGGUUGCGGACCUGGCAGCUGAGGUGGUGCUCAGCGGGCGGGAGGCGCUGCGGCGGUCGGAGGCGGAGGCGCUAGUGCUCAUGGAGAUGGGCUUCGAGACGGGGGUGCUGGACAUCGACGGACCCACGGGUCUGCCGCUGCUGGCCUCGCUGGGCCCCGCGCCUGACGGGCUGUACCGCGACCUGGUGGUGGGGUCGUACGGCAACCUGGCAGCCUCGCCGCCCUUCCGCCACCUGGCACCGCUGCUGGAGGGGGCGGCGGAGGAGGAGGAGCAGGAGGCGGGUGGGGAGGGUGAGGAGGCGGAGCAGCAGCAGGAAGAGGAGGGACUGGAGGGGGUGCAGGAGGAGGAGGAGGAGACGGAGGAGGAGGAGGUCGCUGCGGCUGCUUCCCCCGUGGCCAAGCGGAGCCGGGGCAGGCGGCCCAAGGCUGCCUCCGCUGCUGCCGCCGCCGCCUCUCCCGCAUCUGUCGAGGAAGGGGAGGAGCAGGCAGCCGAAGAGGAGGAGCAGGACAUGGAGGAGGAGGCGGAGGAGGAAGGAUGCGAGGAGUGCGAAGAGGAGGACGAGGAAUCCUGGCAGGACGACG